AUGGGGGUUUAUAGUUAACUACCGUGCUAACCGUAACAAAUAUCGUGAAUAUUCUUCGUUACUGCUUGUAGAGAUUAUCUUUAUCGUGUUACUUUUAGUGUGUAGAAUUGCGUGGCAAUAUAACGACAAAACAAUUCCCCGGCUGUUUACUGUUCUUUAGAACAGUCGUUUCUUGAUAAAUAUCACGGCAGCCUCAGCCUUCGCUCGUGUUGUAAUUGUUGAGCUGCAACCUGCAAAUAAUGAAUGAGCGCAUGUAAAUGAAUGAAGAGUGUUUACGUUUCAAAGGCUGGGGAAAUCCUCUAGAUCAUAGCGUAUAAAACAUCUUGUAACCAUGGGAACUGGUGCAGAUGUUAGGGAUAUUCUUGAACUGGGUGGAGGGGAAAAUGACGGUCCCAUCAGUAAAAAAGACCUCAUCAACUCAGAUAAGAAAAAAUCCAAGAAGGCCACAGAGACGCUGACCUUCAAGAGACCAGAAGGAAUGCACAGAGAGGUCUAUGCUCUGCUCUAUUCAGAUAAGAAGGAUGCACCGCCUUUGCUGCCUAGCGACACGACUCAGGGUUAUAGGACUGUCAAAGCCAAACUGGGCUGUAAAAAGGUCCGUCCAUGGAAGUGGAUGCCGUUCACGAAUCCAGCACGCAGGGAUGGAGCCAUAUUCCACCACUGGAGGCGGGUGGCAGAAGAGGGCAAGGACUAUCCUUUCGCUCGCUUUAAUAAGACAGUGCAAAUACCAGUGUACUCGGAGCAGGAGUAUCAGAUGUAUCUCCAUGACGAUGGCUGGACUAAAGCGGAAACAGACCACCUGUUUGACUUGUGCAAACGCUUCGACCUACGCUUCAUAGUUGUGCAUGACCGCUAUGACUACCAACAAUACAGAAAGCGCUCCGUGGAGGACCUGAAAGAAAGAUAUUAUAGUAUUUGUGGUAAGCUGACGAAGGCUCGUGCAGCAUCUGGGACAGAACCAAAAAUCUACGUCUUUGAUGCUGCCCACGAAAGGAGACGCAAGGAGCAACUGGAGAAGCUUUUCAAUCGCACACCUGAACAAGUGGCAGAAGAGGAGUAUCUUAUUCAGGAGCUAAGAAAGAUAGAGAAUAGGAAGAAGGAGCGUGAGAAAAAAGCCCAGGACUUGCAGAAACUCAUUAAAGCAGCUGAUACAAAUACGGAGUUAAGGCGAGCUGAAAAGAGGGUUUCCAAGAAGAAACUUCCACAAAAAAGAGAAACGGAAAAACCGGCCGUUCCAGAGACAGCUGGCAUCAAGUUCCCCGACUUCAAAUCGGCAGGUGUGACGCUGCGCAGUCAGAGGAUGAAACUUCCAAGCUCGGUUGGCCAGAAAAAAAUCAAGGCCAUUGAGCAGAUCCUGGUAGAGCAAGGAGUGGAUCUCAAUCCCAUGCCCACAGAGGAGAUUGUACAGAUGUUCAAUGAACUUCGAAGUGACCUGGUGCUGCUGUAUGAACUCAAGCAGGCCCACAGCAACUGUGAGUAUGAACAACAGAUGCUGCGCCAUCGCUAUGAGGCCUUGCUGAAGGCUGGCAGCGGACCGGGUUGUGGAGGAAUUACAGGGGCAGGACUGGCCACCGCACCACUGGGAGGGGAGCUCAAUGCUAUAAACAGUACUACAUCAUCCACCCCAGGGGCGGAAGCUCAGUGUUGGCCCAAUACAGAUGAUAUCAAGGUGGAAGCCAAAGAGCAGAUCAUUGAUGUUGUAGGAGCACCGCUUACCCCCAACUCGCGCAAAAGGAGAGAAUCAGCAUCCAGCUCAUCUUCCGUGAAAAAGGUGAAGAAGCCUUGAUCAGAGCAGCAGCAGGACAAGGAACUGUUACUCAGUCUGAUGACAGCGACAUCCACGAGCGUUAUGGCUGGACACGAUGGACACAUCUGAGCAGGACACCCAUAUUACUGUCUAUUUACACAGAGGAACCACUGACCACACACACACACACACACACACACACACACAAAAUACAUCUCACCUACUAACGAGAUCUCUCCAAACCCUCGCCAUCUGGCUGUGACAAAGGCAACAACUGAGUGACAUUUCAUUCCAUUACUGCUCGUCCCCCUGCCCCCACCACUGGUUGGCCAUAGAUGAGCCAAGUGCAACUGUAAAUUGCCAGGCUGAGCUAAUCGGGACAUGGUGAAGAAGGUGGGAAUGACUGGGUAAUUGAAAUGAAUUGGAAUGAAAGAACAGGGUGAGAGACUGGGAGGACCUGGAGCCGCCGUUCAUUUGAGCCAUCUGAGGUUUUUUCGUAGCCUAAUCAUUCCAUAGUGUUUACUGGAAAUGUGUUUUCGUGUUAGCCUGUAGUACUGGCUCCCACUCGACUUGGAGUGCAUUUUAUUCUCUCACCAUCUGCUGCCCUUUCUUCAUGUUCGACUGGACUGAUUUAUGUUGUUUCUCCCAGGUGACCUUGACGAUGCUUCAGUCAAUGAUUGAAUAAAUGCAUUUUUUUCUUUGUUUUUUUAAA